UACCGCUCCGGUGCCGGACAACGUCACAUGACUGCCCACCUUCACAACGGAAUAAUGUGGAACUUUACACGGCUGACUCUCGCCCUUCUCUGUGUUGCCGUUUUGGCACGGGGAGCGAGUCUCCCUGACGGCACCACAGAGGCUGACUGUUCCCAGUACAACUUGCCCAUGUGCCCCCGCAACUACGAGCCAGUGUGUGGAAGCGACGGCAGCAGCUACGCUAACGAAUGCAUGCUGUGCUUUGAAAACAUGGAGCAGAAGAGUAACGUUCACAUCAGGAGUAAAGGAGAGUGCUGAACCAAUACCUGACCGUCCAUUGUCUCAGCGACACACCAGGCCUUCAACAUUACUUAGAACCAUUUCCUGUUGCCUUGUCAAAACAAUGACAUUUUUAUUUUUGCCUGCUAAAUGCUGAGGAGUCAGUAAGCGACCUGUGAAGUGCCUCAAUAUCCUCUGAACCAUUUCCUCAACACCCGUUUCCUUUUCCAAACUGUACAGACUUCCUGUCUCUCAUAGUGUUCUGUAGAGGACUUAACCCUUCACUACCUGGUCUGUAAGACUUGUAGUGUACUUGGUGGAAAAAUGGUGUUAUUUUAAAUGGAAUAGUCUAUUUGUAUUUUACUUGUCUACCUUAUCUGUAAUUAAAACUAUUUUAGGAAUGUGUGUCCUUGUCACCUGGAAGGGUCUGUGUCCUUGUCACCUGGAAGGUUCUGUUUCCUUGUCACCUGGAAGGUUCUGGUUGAAAUGUGGAGGAACUGGUUCAGCUGGAUCAUGACGUCUGGUUUUUGUUUAGUCGUUCUCUGUUAUGAAGGUACAGUGGGAAUGGAAAAAGAUGUCCUUCAAAAAAAGCUGAAGUGAAAUGUGAUGGGAGAGUUAUCACUUUUCAAAUCCAGAUGCUACCCCCCCUCCCUCCUGAGAUGUGGAUGACCUAAAUCCACCAUGCUCAAUAAACACCUGCAUGAAGUUA